GGUUUCUUAGGUGAUUUCUGUGUUAUUAUUGAACUUCUAGACUGCAUUGUAUGAUUUAAUGUUGUAAACUUUCCAGCUUCGUCUUGAGUUAAUUACGUUUCAGAGUUGCAGCCAACCGCAGUAUUUGUAAUUAUAUAUUGUUUCCAAGAUUUGAAACAAAUGGCAUCAUCAUCGGAGCAAUUCUCAACAUCAGUUAUAUUCAACGAUCAACAACGUGACCUCAUUCAUCACGUUGCGUUCGAUUUUCACGGACGACGGAUUGCUACAUCAUCCAGCGAUAUGAUGGUGUGUGUAUGGAAUUUGUCACCAGAUGGUAGUUGGAUUAAAUCCGCGUCAUGGAAGAGCCAUGGCGGACCUGUAUGGAAAGUAAUUUGGGCACAUCCUGAAUUUGGACAAAUUUUGGCUACAUGCUCAUUUGAUCGAAGUGUAACGAUAUGGGAGGAAACGGUACGUCAACCGGUCAAGACAAUAACGAGAAAUAGUAUUCACAGUGCCCAGAAACCGCAACAAGCACGUUGGAAACGUUGUUGUCAACUCGUUGAUAGUCGUCAUAACGUUACUGAUAUCAAGUUUGCUCCAAGGCAUCUUGGAUUAAUGCUUGCGACAGUAUCUUCCCAAGGAAUAUUACGAGUGUACGAAGCUCCAGAUAUUAUGAAUUUAUCUAUGUGGAGUCUGAAUCAAGACAUAGUCGUUUUUCGAUACCGCUGCAGUUGCCUGUCGUGGAGUACACAUCGUCUUACCAAACCGCUUAUUGCUGUAGGAUCGGAUGAUGCACAUACAACUGGAAAACGAGUGGUUGUUUAUGAAUAUCACGACAAUCUUCGAAAGUGGCAGCUGUUGAAUACCCCAUCCUUAAAAGUAACUGAGCCGGUGACGGAUAUUGCUUUUGCUCCACCUGCUGGACGGUCAUAUCAUUUACUUGCUGUUGGUUCCAAAGAUAUUUGCAUCUUCAAGUUGAGUGAGACUGGGAAAACCGCUGGUUUUAAUGUUGAUUUGAUUGAACGAGGUGGACCAACUGAAUACGAUAUAACGCAAUUGGAAGCACUUGAAAAUCCGUCUCAUUCACCUGUUCAGAUUUGGCGGUUGUCAUGGAACAUAACUGGAACAGUCUUAACAACUGGAAGUUCAGAUGGAUACAUACGAUUAUGGAAAGAAAAUUUAUUGAAAAAAUGGAGUCUUGUUGCAACGGUUAAAUCAACAGAAGACUACAAACCAUCUGAUGAUGAUCCGAGAGCUACAACAUCAAUAAGUUCACUUACCAAAGAGAAUCAUGUAUAUUAUUGAAUAUAUAUGUUGCAUUGUUUGCAGUGAAUAUGUUUUGCCUUUGUGACUUUUUGAUUUGGCCGAAGAACUCUAUGCAAUUACAGAUUAUUUAUAGUGAAUUAUUCAUUCUUUUUUGUCAUGAGACAACAUGCAUAUUCCCGAAUUUAAUGUUAGUGAAAAACAAAGGAAAAAGGAGGAGGAGGAGGAGGAGGAGGAGG